AUGAAUAUACAGGAGUUCUCGCGCAGUCCGGAUGGAUUUGUUUUCCGAUGCACACAUUGCAAGAAACGAAUGUCCAUUCGUUCAGGAACAUUCUUUGAAAAAUCAAGGCUGCCGUUAACCACUCUAAUGGAAUUAAUGUUCUACUUUGUGAUGGAGGAACCAGUGACACGUGCCGCUGCUAUGGCAAAUGUUUCACGCAAGAGUUCAAUUCAGUGGUACACUUAUUGCAGAGAUGUGUGUUCUUCAGUGAUGUGUUCACUACCAACCCAACUGGGUGGUGUCGGUAGCACUGUGGAAGUGGAUGAAAGUGUCGCUGUCAAAAACGAAGAUACCUUCUCAAUGCGUCAAGACGAGGCUACUGUUACGGCGGCUGAGACACCGUAA